AUAAUUGUAAAGAAUUUCGUACCGACGUUCUAGUAAAAAAGUAGAAGUUGUUAUUCCGAAAUAUUGAGCAUUAAUUCGUUACCGGUUGCACAGAUACCACGAUUUCAGAGUAAAGUUUGAAAAUUUCACAGACCGGCAGAAUAAUAGAUCCGCUUAUAUAUUGUUACUGCACCACAGUACAUACAGAUGAUUAAAUCGCCCAUCUGCUGUGCACAAUUAUUAGCUACGAAAAUAAGAAUAAGAGCAAAGCAGACUGAACGAAAGUGAUAAACAUAUCCAGAAAACUUGAAAAUGCAGUCGCGUAUCUGUACCGUUGUCAUUCCUCAUUUUUCAAGGAAUUUCGUUCGCACAUUCUCGAAGUCAACAAGAAAAAUGGCUCCAAUUAAGGUUGGCGAUAAGCUCCCGGCAGUAGAUCUUUUUGAAGAUUCACCGGCAAAUAAGAUCAAUACUGGUGAAUUGACAUCGAAUAAGAAAGUAAUAAUUUUUGCUGUCCCUGGUGCUUUUACUCCUGGUUGCUCCAAGACCCAUUUGCCUGGAUUUGUGUCAAAUGCUGAUUCUUUGAAAAGUGAUCAAGGAGUCAAUGAAAUAGUUUGUGUUUCCGUAAACGAUCCAUUUGUUAUGUCGGCUUGGGGUAAAGAACACAAUACAUCCGGAAAAGUUCGAAUGUUGGCUGAUCCUGCUGGUGCAUUUGUAAAGUCUUUAGAUUUAACAAUUGAUUUACCACCAUUGGGCGGCUUACGAUCAAAGCGGUUUUCGAUGGUUGUAGAUAAUGGAGAGGUAAAGGAAUUGAACGUUGAACCUGAUGGCACAGGCUUAAGCUGCUCGUUGGCAAAUAACAUUGGAAAACAUUAAUUUGAUAGCAAUGAGCUACAACUGUCAAUUGUUUGAUUGUUAAUCUAGCAAGUAGAAAAAAUUCUAAUGAUAUAUUCUGUCAGAAAUAUACUCAAAACUUAAUGAUAAAGUAAA